GGUUUCCCUGAAGGGAGGAGAGGAGGGGGGAAUCCGGAUGUCCAAGGAGUCACUGCUCGGAGGACAGUUUGGCGAUCGGAAUUAGUCGUCAGAGUUCUUGGUAGCUGUUCCCUAGGCUGAUCCCCCUGCCCGAUUCCCGUGUGUUACUUACUGGGUUGAGGGGAACGGAAGGGUCUGCCCCUCGCGUGCCCAUUCAUUCCGCGUCCGCUAGGAGCCUGUCGCCGCCGUAGGUACCAAAGCUGAGUAGGGAAAAGUCGCCGGCCCUCUGGAAACUUAAGGUCUCGUAGGACCCGCUACUUCCUUAAGCAAAUACUGAAUGUGGAAUUAAAUGAACCCAGUGUGCUUUAUCGCCAUGGAGACCUUGGACAAUCACCUGAGCAACUUCAUAUGUAUUCUAUUUCAAAGGCAUCUAUUAGACAACAAAACCUCUCAAAUGUGAACUUUAACAGAGGGAAGCUUUAAACAGGCUGUUUAGCACAGGCUCAAUUUGAAGAAAGAUGUUUUAAAUCAUUAUGGAGGGAAUAAUAGUACUUUUAUCUCAAUUGGGCAAACUCUCCAGGUAUGUCAGUGAGAAUUAAAGGAGGACCCUAAUGAAGCUGUGACCCUGAAUGAGGCCCAGCUAGGCUCAUUCUUGGGUCCCCAGAUUGACCCUCAGUCCUCUGAAAGCCACUUUGAAAGCCUUAAAAUUGGUCAGAUGAUGGAUGAGUCAGAUGAUGAUUUUAAGGAACUCUGUGCCAGUUUUUUCCAAAGGGUGAAAAAGAAUGGCACCAAGGAAGUGUCAGGGGAAAGGAAGGCAAAAAAGGCCUCAAACAGCUCUCAGAUAACAAGCAAACUGGAAAGGACCAAACCAGCCGUUACCAAGAGCAGAACUCUUCAAGGCCCUAGGGAGAGGAAAACUCGAAUUGGCAGCCAGGCUACAAGGACGAGAAAACAAGGGGUACCCAAGCGGCAAGAGAGUGAACCGGCUCCCCCUGAGAAUGGGGAAGGAAGUGCGCCUGCUUCCGCUGUGCUCCCGGAGAGUGCAGGGAGCUCCCAGACAGAGGCUGCUCGUAACAGCAACUCCCAGCCCCCUCCUUCCUGUCUGACUGCGAUGGUGCCAAGUCCCUCCAAACCCCGAGCGGCCGAGGUGGUCCUACAGCGCAUGCAGCAGUUCAAGAGAGCAAACCCCGAGCGUUUGAAACAUGCUGUAGAGGGGUGCUCCCUCCAGGCUGCAGUUGAAGAAGACGUCCCAAAGAGUCCUCGAGAGGCAGUGGUGGUGGGGAACGGGUCUGGGCCCUGGCUCCCUGCCACAGAGAGCGACAGUGCAGUGGCCUUGGCCCUGCAGCAGGAGUUUGGGCAGGAACGAGCCUCUCCAUGUGAUGACAGCCUGGAGGAGGAGGGGUUGUUCUUCUGCCAGAUCUGUCAAAAGAACCUCUCAGCUAUGAACGUGACACGGAGGGAGCAGCAUGUGAACUGGUGCUUGGAUGAGGCUGAAAAGGCACAGAGACCUGCUGCACCUCAAAUCCCCGAAUGUCCAAUUUGCGGCAAGUCAUUUCUCACCCCAAAGAGCAGAAUCAGUCACUUGAAAAAGUGUGCAGUGAAGAUGGAGGUUGGCCCCCAGCUCCUGCUCCAGGCCGUGCGGCUACAGACAGCUCGGCCUGAGGGGACCUGCGGCACACUGGCACAGGCAUCGAGCUUCAGUAAUCAGGUUGGAGGUCUGAAAAGGAAAGGAGCCCCCAACAAGAAGAAGCCACAGAAGAGGCAGAAGGUCAAUGAGCCUGAGGUGCCAUCCGAGGACCUGCUGGUGGCCAUGGCUCUGUCCCGGUCUGAGAUGGAGCAGGAGGCUGUGCCUGCGGUGCUCACACUGAGAACUGUUUCUUCAGAGAGGAAAAGACUGUCAACAGAGAAGAAGGGUCGCAAGAAGAAAGCACCCGUUUCCCCACCCCAGUUGUUAGUCCAGGACUCCGAGACCACAGGAAGACAAAUUGAAGAUCGCGUGGCCCAGCUCUUUGCCGAAGAGGAAGUAGAGUUGUCCAGUACGCCACCACUUCCUGCGAGCAGACUUUUAAAGGAAGAGCUAGAAAAGGCCAGCAGGUGUCUGCAACCACCUGAAGGGAAACAGAACUUUCUAUGGGAGGGCAGUGCCCUGACCGGGGCCUGGGCUCUGGAAUGCUUCUACACAGCAAGACUGGUGCCUCCCAUGGUGCCCCAGCAGUCCACCAAGGGUCUCAUGCAGGAGCCCACACUGCCACCAGUGUCACCUGCCCUCCACAGCCCCUGUCCCAGAAACCCAUCACCUUCUGCCAGCCAAAGGGAGUACCAGGCCCUGCAGGACCUCGUGGACCUGGCAAGAGAGGGGCUAAGCACCAGCCAGUUGCCCAGCAGUGGGACCCCAGCUGACUUGGGGGGAACUACAGGGAUGGAUCUGUUGCCCGGUGGCCUCCCACUGACUGGGUUUGUCCUGCCAGCUGAGGAGCAGCAUCCGGAAAUGGGCGGUCAGGCUUCGCUGCCCCUUGGUUUGCUGGUUGCUGACUUCAGUGCCAUGGUCAAUAACCCACACCUGAGUGAUGUUCAGUUUCAGAUGGACAGCGGGGAGGUGCUAUAUGCGCACAAGUUUGUGCUUUAUGCCCGAUGCCCACUUCUCAUUCAAUAUGUAAACAGUGAAGGCUUCUUUGCUGCAGAAGAUGGUGACUUAAGAACCCAGCGCGUCCUGCUGAGUGACGUGAGCACAGAGGCUACCCGUGCAUUCCUGCAUUAUCUCUACACUGCCGACACCGGCCUGCCUCCCCAGCUGGCCCCUGACCUGCGUUCCCUCGCUUGCAGGUUUGGUGUGAGUGAGCUUGCUCACCUGUGCAGACAAGCAUCUGUUGUGAUGGAUUCAGGGGGCAGACAAUGGAAGGAGAAGGAAGAUGAGGCUUGUGAAAGCAGAGCAGAGAACUUCCAAGAACUCUUAAGAUCAAUAUGGGUAGAUGAAGAGGAGGAAGCAGAAGCCCUGUUGAAAUCCGAGGGCCUUGAAGAAGAUAAAGAAAAGGUCAAUGAAGCAGAAAUGGAAGAAAUUUACGAAUUCGCAGCCACUCAGCGAAAGAUGCUCCAGAGAGAAAGAGGUCCAGAGAUUGAGGUGGAAACUAACCAGCUUGGGCAAGAUGGUCCAGGUUCUGGGCAAAUCCUAGCAAGCAUCCAGGUUAAAGAACAGUUAGAAAAUGCAGAACAGAUGGAAUCAUCUGGGCAGGGCAGAGAUGAAGCCCUAGCCAAAAAGAAAAAUGUGGGACAGCCCAUGUUCUUGCCACUCAAGGGCCAGUGUUCAGAUGGGGAGGAGGAAGCAGAGGCGCCAAAGGAAGCACUGGAUCGUACUAGCUCCUCUAGCCCUUCCCAGGGCUGCUCGGCAGAGAGAAAGGAAGGAUCUUUUUUGUACUCAGUUGAUGUCAAUAAUUAUAAGCAGCCCUUUUUAUCAACUCCAGGAAGAUACCCUGAACCAUCCCAAAUAACAAGUGAUCGUGAGAGAGGCAAUGGCACUGGCAGAGAAAGUGUGGGGGAGAGCUUCCAUCCCACCACCUGCCAGCAGGCACCUCCGUCAUAUCCAUUCUUCUUCCCGUCACAGCCUCCUCCAGUCAGGAGUCCCUGCCAACCACACACUCACCCUCAUCGCACAGGUGACUUGUCCCUACCAACACCACAAUCACAGGGCAGAGCUUCCAGGGCGGCCCCCCAGGACUCACCAUUGAAGCAAAAGAGGAGCCAGAGCCUUCUCACACAACUUAACCACCCAGGCCACGAGAAAGGUGCAGAACAUGGUUCCAUGUUGGAAUACAGAAAUGAAGGAGUCUUGAUCUCGCCAGAAAAGUCUCCAUCCAUUGACCUAACUCAGGCAAAACCUGGCCAUUGGAGCUCCAGAUCUCAGAAUUCUCUAUCUAGUGUGAACAGAGAAGAUGAGAUUAUCCUUUUAUUGGAUUCCGAUGAAGAGCCAGAGCCAGAGCCAGAACAAACCAAAAUAAAGCCAGUUUUUAAUGGUUCCCUGGAAGAGGGGAAAGUUCUAGAAGUUAGCCCCAAGUUCUCUGACCUGUUCUCCAUCAUUGACGUUGAUGCAGAUCAGGAACCUCCCCAAAGCCCACCAAGGAAAGAGGCCACAGUGCAGCAGGAAGAGGGGCGGCUGUCAAGGAACCAGGGCUGUGUGGGUGGCAGAGGGACCCCCCAGCUGUUCUGUAGCCCUGUGAGCAGCCCCGACAAGGACAGCACCACAGACACCUCGUGGCUGGUGCCCGCCACCCCACUUGCCAGCAGAAGCCGCGACUACUCAUUGCAGACCCAAACCAUGGGCCUCAGGUCUAGGCCUUCAGGAUAUGAAAAGGCUCAGCUCAAGCCCAGGACCCCAGUAGAAAACAGGGAUGGACCCAGCGCCACUAAUAAGUUUUCAGUAAUUGUGCCUCAGAUAUCGUCACCCUGCCUGGUCCCUGUCAAUCCUAGAAGUCCUUCCAGUCCCCACCCCAGGAGCCACAAGCACUUUUCUCUGCUAGCUCCCUGUCCGACGUCGGGAGCCCUCACUGACUUAACUGGGCAGUUCCAGAAGCGCUCGCUGCCUAGGCUGAGCCUGCCGAAUCAGGCCACAGCGAAUGAGGUGGUGGAGGUGGAGGACAGUGAAGAUGAGCAGGAGGUGGCUUCCCCUCAGGCGAGCAGCAGCCCCAUGCUGGACAGCGGCCCCCCCAUUCCAGCUGAUGACUGCUGUUGGCAUGCUGAGCCCCUCUCACCGAUCCCAAUUGACAGUUUGAACCUUGAGCGGACUGGCCCCCUGAGCACCAGUAGCCCAGGUGGUAGGGUGGGGGAGGCCCCAGACAGUGGUGGCUGCCACUCCCCUGUAUUCUUGGGCACCACCCCCAUCCGAGGAAGCUGCAUUGGCCAAAGGAAGUCUCAAGAGAAGUCCCCUCAGGCCAGCUCCCCUGGGAGCAGCAGGCUGAGCUUCUUGAAAUCACCGCUGUGGGAUGAUUGGGAUGGAGAAGAACAGAAGUCUCCAGAGGUUCUUUCUCUGGCCCAGACACCAAAAGCUGAUCGAGGUCAAAAAUCAGAAGGCUUAGAGAAGCCAAAAGGUGCUAAUUGGAGGAAGAACUUGCCCCCAAAAGUACCCAUAACGCCAAUGCCACGGUAUUCCAUCAUGGAGACCCCAGUACUAAAGAAGGAACUGGAUAGGUUUGGGGUGCGCCCUCUGCCCAAACGCCAGAUGGUCCUGAAACUGAAGGAGAUAUUCCAGUACACUCACCAGACGCUGGAGUCAGACUCCGAGGAUGAGAGUCAAUUCUCACAGGUGCCUCUGGAGGCUUCUCGCAGCCAUACCCAUGCCACCAAAACCUCCAAGGAAUCAAAGGCAGCUGGCCGUGCCAGGCUGGAGGCCCCUUCUGACCCUACUCCCCAAAGGUCCAAGGGACCAGCUAAGUCUAAGGGCACACGACAUCAGAAGCAGCAGCCUGGUGGAAGCAUUCCUCGCGUGUCACCAGCCAAAGAGCUGCCUCUAGGCCCUGAUGAUGAUGCCCAGCUCCCAGCCUCCCAGGAAUCCACGGCCACUUCUGUGGACAGCAGUGACAGUUCCUUAAGCUCACAGAGUUCUUCCAGUGAGUUUGGAGUGGCCUUUGAGUCUGUAGGAGAAGAUGAGGAGGGUGAGAAGGGGGUCAGUGCUUCGCAGGCAGCUGUCCAGGCAGUGGAUACGGAGGAGGCAGUGAGACGCUACAUCCGCUCCACACCAGCCCUCUACCGCAAGGUCCUGCUGUACCAGCCCUUUGAGCUGUCGGAGCUGCAGGCGGAGCUGAAGCAGCAAGGCAUCCGCAUGGCCACAGGGAAGCUGCUGGAUUUCCUGGACACCAACUGCAUCACCUUCACCACUGCUGCGGCCCGGAAGGAGAAGUUUGAGAGGAAGAGGCGGCAGCCCAUGGGCAAGAAGAGGAGGGGCAGAACAGACCGGCCCAUUCCCCGCUCCCCGCCCAUGGCUGUCAGCAGCGUGUGAGGGUUUGUGGCCCCUUUGGCAAGCCAGGCCUCCACACAUGUUUCUGGGCCUUGGGACCACAUCUCCUCCCCCUGCGAAAGUGAUGGUGGUACUGACAUGGAUCAGCUUCUUUCCCACUCUGUUUCCUGGAGUGGUAUUUGGAAUGUGCCACCCACUGGAUUUAGGGCCCUUGGUUCCUCCCUCUGUCGGUGCCAACUGUUUGUCUCCCUUUAACCCUGUUUGUGUUUCAGGCCAGAAGGGCAGUGUCUUGACGCAUCUUUUGCUCUUUACAUCCAUCAGCUGCAGUAUGUCCUUCCCUGAGAUGGAUGUCCAGCCUGCCCCCUCAGUCUUCUCAGCACUUGUGCUGUAGCCCCGGCCUCCGCUGGCAGACCAGAUAUCCACAGACCGCUUGUUCUACCAUGUACCAGGUGUUCUGCUGGCCCAGCUGUUCUGCCUAGACACCUGUCAUUGUCACCAGCAGUCUCCAGACUGGACAGUGCAGAAGGGCCCAGCACAGCUCUGAAAUCCCCAGAACAAGCAUGUUCUUUGUGACCUGGUUGAGUUGGUGUGUGUUAAAGCUGCCUCCAGCCUCAGGAGCGGUGUGGAACACGGGUAAGGCGCGGAAGAGAAGAAUUUGGGUCUACACACCUUGUGACUGUCUUGUCUGUUUUAAAUU